AGCACAAGCCUGUGGACUGAAUGGUAAAAGGAAGGAACAGCUGCCUCUGAGCUUGCAUGUGAGAGAAGGCAGGAAAGGAUCUGGCCACAACUGUCUGAGGCUUUGCAAGCGAGGGAAAAAAGAAGAAAAGAAAGAAGGAAUGAGCUGAGCACGGAGGACUCAAACUCACCCCCCACUCCCCCAUACCCAACUUGGACAGCAAAGAAGGGACUGCAAACGUGGUGAGGCUACAUCCCAAGAGCCUCUAUCCAGAGAGGGAGCAGGCUGAAGAAGAUACCUUCUAGCAUCCUUCUCCGAUCCCUGGAGUCAGGACCCUGAGCAUGGAGGACCUGGGGUAUGACGACAGCAGUUAUUUUGACAACCAGACUAGUGACUGUGAGUACACAGAGUGGAGUCCAUCCUUGACCCUCAUUCCCACCAUUUACCUGCUGGUCUUCCUUCUGGGCACCUCAGGCAAUGGAUUGGUGCUGUGGACCAUCUUUCGGGGGGGCCGCGAGAAGCGGCGCUCAGCCGACACCUUCAUUGCCAACCUAGCCAUGGCUGACCUGACCUUUGUAGCCACACUGCCAUUGUGGGCUGCCUACACCUGCCUGAAUUAUCACUGGCCCUUUGGCACCUUCGCUUGCAAACUUAGCAGCUAUCUGGUCUUUGUCAACAUGUACGCCAGCGUCUUUUGCCUAACAGGACUCAGCUUUGACCGCUAUUUGGCUAUUGUACGGCCAAUGGCUAGCACCAAACUGAGAUCACGGGCCAGUGGGCUGGUGGCCACCAUCACCUUGUGGGUCUUGGCGGCUAUGUUGGCCCUGCCUGCCUUGAUCCUCCGUGAGGCAGCCAUGCUACGUGGGGAGGACAAGAUCACUUGCUACAUGGACUACUCAAGUAUGGUGGCCAAUGGGACUGAGGGGGCAUGGGAGGUGGGGCUGGGCCUGUCCUCCACACUGCUGGGCUUUGUCAUUCCUUUUGCUGUCAUGCUGACCUGCUACUUCUUCAUUGCACGCACCAUUGCUGGACACUUUCGGAAGGAACGCAAUGAGGGGCUACAAAAGAGGAAGAGGCUGCUGACCAUCAUCAUUGUGCUGGUGGUCACUUUUGCUGUCUGCUGGUUGCCCUACCACCUUGUGAAGACUAUAUAUGUGCUGAUGGACCUGGAGGUGAUGCCCUGGUCCUGCAGUUUCCACACCUUCCUCAACAACUUCCACCCUUACUGCACCUGCGUGGCCUACAUCAACAGCUGCCUGAAUCCCUUCCUCUAUGCCUUCUUUGACCCCCGCUUCCGGCAGGCUUGCACCACUGUCCUGGGCUGCAGCCAGGGCCGCUGGUCAGGCUCUGGUGGGGAUAAAUCAGCCAGCUACUCCUCUGGCCACAGCCAGAACCUUCCAGGGAAGGGUGGGGAGACACAGAGAGAGAAGGUCUCAACCUCCACAGUUUGGUGAGAAAGGCCCUGGCCCCUCCAGCUGGGUAUGGGGCUUGUGUUUCCAUCCUGUGGGAGAAGAAGGUUGUGAACUGCAGUGAGAUCUCCAGCACCUGACUCUGGCCAAACUAGCUUUUUUGGUGGUCCUAUUCAUGGGGGCAUCUUGGAAACUGCAGCUUUUGUUUGGGCCAUCCCAUCAGAGCUUUGAAUAAUAGGUUCCCGGCUUAGAGUAAGGGGCUCUCACUGAGAGCAGGAUCACUGGCAUGCUAAUACAAUAGACUUUUUUAUGUAUAAAAAAUAAAUGAGCCUGGCUAAAAAUGA